AGCACAAGAGAUAGUCUGUGGGGUAGGAUCAUGCCGGACCAGAUCACCGUGUCGGAGUUCAUCGCCGAGACCACAGAGGAUUACAACUCCCCGACCACCUCCAGCUUCACCACCCGGUUGCAGAACUGCAGAAAUACAGUCACACUCCUCGAAGAGGCAUUGGAUCAAGACAGAACUGCACUACAGAAGGUGAAAAAAUCUGUGAAAGCAAUAUAUAAUUCGGGGCAAGAUCAUGUUCAAAAUGAAGAAAACUAUGCACAAGUGCUAGAUAAAUUUGGAAGUAAUUUUUUAAGUCGGGAUAAUCCAGAUCUUGGCACAGCUUUUGUAAAAUUUUCCACACUUACUAAAGAAUUAUCAACGCUGCUGAAGAACCUGCUCCAGGGUUUAAGCCACAAUGUUAUUUUCACUCUGGAUUCUCUCUUAAAAGGAGACUUAAAAGGUGUUAAAGGGGACCUCAAAAAGCCUUUUGACAAAGCCUGGAAGGAUUAUGAAACCAAAUUCACAAAAAUUGAGAAGGAAAAAAGAGAACAUGCAAAACAGCAUGGGAUGAUAAGAACUGAAAUAACAGGAGCUGAGAUAGCAGAGGAAAUGGAGAAGGAAAGACGACUAUUUCAGCUACAGAUGUGUGAAUAUCUUAUUAAGGUUAAUGAAAUCAAGACAAAAAAAGGUGUGGACCUUCUGCAGAACCUUAUUAAGUAUUAUCAUGCACAGUGCAACUUCUUCCAAGAUGGCUUGAAAACAGCUGAUAAACUUAAACAAUAUAUUGAAAAGUUGGCUGCUGACUUAUAUAAUAUAAAGCAGACACAAGAUGAAGAAAAGAAACAACUUACUGCUCUCCGUGAUUUGAUAAAAUCUUCUCUGCAGCUUGAUCAGAAGGAGGAUUCACAGAGCAGGCAAGGAGGAUAUAGUAUGCAUCAGCUUCAGGGAAAUAAGGAAUAUGGCAGUGAGAAGAAAGGUUAUCUUUUAAAGAAGAGUGAUGGGUUAAGGAAAGUAUGGCAAAGAAGAAAAUGCACUGUUAAAAAUGGAAUUCUUACCAUAUCUCAUGCAACGUCCAACAGGCAACCAGCUAAACUAAAUUUAUUGACCUGCCAGGUGAAGCCAAAUGCUGAAGAUAAGAAGUCAUUUGACCUAAUAUCACAUAACAGAACAUACCACUUUCAAGCAGAGGACGAACAGGAAUAUGUGGCAUGGAUAUCAGUAUUGACUAACAGCAAAGAAGAAGCAUUAAAUAUGGCAUUCCGUGGAGAGCAGAGCACAGGGGAAAACAGUUUAGAGGAUCUGACAAAAGCCAUUAUUGAUGACAUACAGAGAUUACCCGGAAAUGAAGUCUGUUGUGAUUGUGGCUCACCAGAUCCAACGUGGCUGUCAACUAAUUUGGGCAUUUUAACCUGCAUUGAGUGUUCUGGAAUACACAGAGAAAUGGGUGUCCAUAUUUCUCGAAUACAGUCUUUGGAAUUAGACAAAUUAGGAACAUCUGAACUCUUGCUGGCCAAGAAUGUAGGAAAUACUAGUUUUAAUGAUAUUAUGGAAGGGAAUUUACCUAGUCCUUCACCAAAACCCAGUCCAUCAAGUGAUAUGACUGCACGUAAAGAAUUUAUCACUGCUAAAUAUGUAGAUCAUAAGUUCUCUAGGAAGACCUGUGCAUCUGCAGCAGCUAAACUGAAUGAAUUACUUGAGGCUGUCAAAUCCAGGGAUUUACUUGCACUAAUUCAAGUCUAUGCAGAGGGGGUAGAGCUAAUGGAGCCACUGUUAGAGCCUGGACAGGAGCCAGGUGAAACAGCACUUCAUUUAGCAGUCCGGACUGCUGACCAAACCUCUCUCCAUCUGGUUGACUUCCUUGUACAAAACUGUGGAAACCUGGAUAAGCAAACGGCUUUGGGUAAUACAGUUCUACACUACUGCAGUAUGUAUAAUAAGCCUGAGUGUUUGAAGUUGCUUUUGAGGGGGAAGCCAACUAUUGAUGUAGUAAACCAAGCUGGAGAGACACCUCUGGACACAGCAAAAAGAGUGAAAGCUGUUCAGUGUGAGGAACUGCUUUCUCAAGCCAAGGCAGGAAAGCUAAACCCACACGUCCAUGUAGAGUAUGAAUGGAAUCUUCGGCAGGAAGAAAUUGAUGAAAGUGAUGAUGACUUAGAUGAUAAGCCUAGUCCUAUAAAAAAAGAAAGAUCUCCAAGGCCCCAAAGUUUCUGUCACUCUUCGAGCAUUUCUUCCCAAGACAAACUGACUCAUCCUUCAUUCAGCACUCCUAGAGACAAACAAAGACUCUCCUAUGGAGCUUUUACGAAUCAGAUUUUUGCUUCUACAAGCACAGAUUCACCCACCUCUCCAACUGCAGAUGCUCCUCCUCUUCCUCCUAGAAAUGCUGGCAAAGGUAAGUCUAUUGUUUGUUAUUUUACAGGCCCACCUUCAACCCUCCCUCUAAGCAUUCAAACCUCUACACCACCUCCCCCACCCCCAGGACACAAAAGAACCCUCUCUGACCCACCAAGCCCACUACCUCAUGGACCCCAGAAUAAGGGCCCAAUUCCUUGGGGUAAUGAUUUGGGCCCACCUUCAACUAAGGCUGCAAACAAAUUCGAGGGGAUGUCUCAGCAGUCGAGCACUGGGACUGCAAAGACUGCACUUGGCCCUAGAGUUCUUCCCAAACUACCUCAAAAAGUGGCACUAAGAAAAAUUGAAACCAGUCAUCAUCUUUCAAUAGAUAAAUCCCAUCAGCACAUGGAAAUGUUUCAGAAGCCCUCACUGUCCAUCGAUAUUCCACAGAAACCACAACCUGGAGACUUGCCCCCAAAGCCUCUGCCUCUGGAAUUAACUCAGAAACCUCAAGUGGGAGAUUUACCCCCAAAGCCUGGAGAACUACCCCCAAAGCCUCAGCUAGGAGACUUGCCACCAAAACCACAACUUGGAGACUUACCUCCAAAGCCACAAAUGAAGGACCUUCCUCCAAAACCUCAGCUAGGAGAGCUGUUGGCUAAAACUCAAGGUGGAGAAGCAUCACUGAAGCCUCAGCCCUCAGAAGCAAAUCAAAAAUCUCACUCCUUAGAUCUUUCUCCAAAUGUACAAUCUAGAGACACCGUCCAAAGGCAAGCAUCUGAAGAGUCUAAUGACAUAACACAUACCCUGCCAGAAACUCCUGUGCCGCUUCCCAGGAAAAUAAAUAUGGGGAAAAACAAAGUUAGGCGAGUGAAGACCAUUUAUGACUGUCAGGCAGAUAAUGAUGAUGAGCUGACAUUUGUUGAAGGAGAAGUCAUUAUUGUAACUGGUGAAGAGGACCAAGAGUGGUGGAUUGGCCACAUCGAAGGACAGCCAGAGAGGAAAGGGGUCUUUCCAGUGUCCUUUGUGCACAUUCUGUCAGACUAGUAAAAAUAAACAAAAAAUCCUAAACUUGAGCAUUGCACAUUCUUCAUGCAAGACGGGCUUUUUAGCAAAAGCGAACGCUGCUGCAUCUUUGUAAUCCUGUGCACAAUUGUAUAUAUAGCUGCUGUUACAAAUUAAUAAUUCAUUUAAGUUUCACCUCAUGAGGUUGAGUUAUAUGUAUUGUAAAUAUACUGUGUUAUUCUGCCUUUGCCAGUAUUAUGGUAGCCUUGGAACCUGGCACGCCUUACUGGGUUCGUUGAAGCCAUCCUGGGCAUCUAGCACUUACAUUUCUGUCUAUGCUGUUCAAAAUAGGUAUGAACUGCCAGCUUUCCAAAUGUAGGUGGUCUCUGUCAGCCAUGUAACUGUACAGAAAUGACUGUUCCUAAUAACUUGGUAUUCUUAAUAUACAGUUAGCAGAAAGUUAGAAUGAGUGAAUGGUUUUGGACAAUUUAAAAAUCAGUCUGCAGUUUAUAAGUGUAUGCAGUUUACAGCUAUGAAACCCACUUUGGUAUUUAUUUAAUAUAGUGCUCAGUUAAGUGUAAUUAUGAAGACAAAU